CAAUCAGUAUUAAUUUUAUUUUUAUUAGACUCUUUCUUUUCCGUCCCGUCAAUAAACUAUUCCUCGGCCCCUUCUCUGCUUCGAAACCCUAACCCUAAUUCCCCAAAUCUCUUCUCCUCUCUCCCCCCAGCCAAAUUCGACCCUCACCAUGGCCACCGAAGAGCCCCGCUCGCCGCUCUCCCCCUCCUCCGGGGGUAAGCAUCGCCGCUCGCCGGAAGACCCAGCGCCGGAGGAGGAGGAGUCGCCGAAGCGGCGGAAGCACCACCGCCGCCAGCACCACCACCACCACCGCCGCCACCGCAAUCACAGCAAGAACGGGCGGGCGAAGGAGGAGGAGGACGAGGUCGACGAUCCCCCUCUCUCCAUGGAUGCGGGGGCAGCGGAGGUGGCUUCAUCUGUCCUAGUGAAGGUCGGCGACGACGAGCGCGAGGAGGGGGAGAUCGUCGAGGAGGAAGAAGAGGAGGUCGGGGGCUGUAAAGGCUCCGGUUUGGUGGUCGGCGGGUGCUCCGAUGUUGAAUCCGGUGAGAUCGGGCGAGACGCUGCUAAUAAAGAUCCCACUCUGGUAGCUUCUAGAGAUGGUGAUAUUGAGGAUCCAAAGAGAGAUGUGGCCAUGUUGGAUAUUUUUCAACAAUCCGAGGAUUCUGCUGAGAAAGAGGUAGCUUGGGUUAAGGGAGAAGGGUCAGACAGAAAGAGUCGGGAUCGGAGAAACAGGCGGAGUUCAUUGAGUGAUGGGGAGAAUAAAGACAUGAUUAAUAAAUCUUUGCAUAGAAGAGAUGAGAAGGGAAAGAGGGACAGGGAUGUUGAUGCAAGCCAUCCAAAGACUCGAGCGAGGUCGAGAUCUCCUGUCUCCAAAGAAUCUUCACAUCAUAAAAGGAAUGAUAUAGUGCAUUUUAGGGAGCAGGCAAGGUCCAUAGGCAAUUAUAGAGAGAAAUCCUACGAAAGGAGUUUGGAAUCGCAUGAAGAUGGCGGUUCCCGAGCUAGGAAACAUGGUUCUGAACGUGAAGAUGGUGAUAGACAUGAUUCUGAUAGGAAUCUGGUUAGAAGUCGAGAAAGUGAGAGAGGUGCCUACCGCGAAAGAGAGAGAAGCAGCAGUUUUAGCAGGCAUGAUGGACGUAGUGGUAGGCAUGACAGCCGUGAAAGAGAUAGAGAUAGAAAAAGUAUGGAUGUAGAUGAAGUUACUCGUAGGGAAAGAGAGAGGAGUAGCAGUCAUAGUAGAUAUGACAGAAAGGAGAGCAGGCACUACAGUCGAGAGAGAGAUAGCCAGGGGGAGAGACGCAGUAGCAGUGCAAGGGACAGAGAUUCAGAGAAGCAAAGGGACAGGAGUAGGGAGAGGUACAAGGAAAGGGAGAGAGGUAAGAGUGAGCGCGAAAGGGAGAGAGAUGACAGAGACAGAAGAGAAAGGGAGAGGACUAGGAGUGAGCAUGAAAGGGAGAGAGAAAUUGACGAUAGAGAUAGGAACCGGGAUAGGGAUAGAGACCAAAGUGGCCAGAAUGGAAGAGAUAGAGUUAGCAGUAGGGAUAGGCAUAGGGAUUCUAGGCAUUCAAGGUAUGAUGAUCAGGAGAGGCUGAGAUCUAAGGACAUGAGUAGAGAAGCUUAUCCCAGUAGUCAAAAACUUGAAGAAGGCAAAGCAAAUUCUAUCAGGGAGGAGGAAGAAGAGGAUUAUCAGGAGAAAAUUGAACAGCAGCUAGCAAAACAGGAGGAAGAAGAUGUUGACAAAAUUAAGGAGGAAAGUAGGAAAAGGAGACAGGCAAUUUUAGAAAAGUAUAAGCAGCAGCAAUUGCAGAAGCAACAGCCUGAAUCUUUACCUAGUAUCAGUGAGAAAGACAAUAUAUUGAAUGCAGAAGAAAAGCCAUCCAAUGUGACUGACACAACUGUAGCGAAUGAUGGCAAUGCCAACAACCAGGCCUGUUGCGAAGAGUUAGAGAGUAAACGUGACUCUUCGGAUGUAUAUGUUGCUGAACCAUCUUUUGCUGUUGGAAAGUCGCCUACCCAAAAUGGUGCUCCUGCGAAUAAGAUGGCUGUUGCUGUAGGGCUUGGGCAGGGUUCUCCCAAGAGUGAGAGAUCUGCUGAUAUGUUUUGUGAUGACAUCUUUGGAGAAUCACCUGCUGGAGUUCUUAAAACGGGCAAGGGAGAUGGUUUGCAGAUUGAGAGAAGUGGUCUGCAUGACAAUUGGGAUGAUGCUGAGGGCUACUAUAGCUACCGAUUUGGAGAAGUGCUUGAUGGUCGUUAUGAAGUCAUCGCUGCUCAUGGGAAGGGUGUUUUUUCAACUGUUGUCCGUGCAAAAGAUCUUAAAGCUGGGAAAGGUGAUCCUGAAGAAGUAGCCAUAAAAAUUAUACGUAACAAUGAGACCAUGUACAAGGCUGGACUGGAAGAGCUGGUCAUAUUGAAGAAAUUGGCGGGUGCUGAUCCUGAGGACAAGCGCCAUUGUGUUAGGUUUAUUUCAAGUUUCAAGUAUAGGAAUCAUCUUUGUUUAGUUUUUGAAUCUCUUCAUAUGAAUCUUCGUGAGGUUCUAAAGAAAUUUGGUCGUAAUAUUGGACUUAAGCUGACUGCUGUGAGGGCAUAUGGAAAGCAGCUUUUCAUUGCGUUGAAGCAUCUGAGAAAUUGUGGCGUCCUUCAUUGUGACAUAAAGCCAGAUAAUAUGCUGGUAAAUGAGGCUAAAAAUGUGUUAAAGCUUUGUGAUUUUGGCAAUGCUAUGUUUGCUGGUAAGAACGAGAUCACCCCAUACCUUGUCAGCCGCUUUUAUCGUGCCCCAGAAAUAAUUCUUGGGUUGCCUUAUGAUCAUCCGUUGGACAUUUGGUCAGUUGGCUGCUGCUUAUAUGAACUUUAUUCUGGAAAAGUCUUGUUUCCUGGUCCGUCGAACAAUGACAUGCUUCGGCUUCACAUGGAAUUGAAAGGUCCCUUCCCAAAGAAGAUGCUUCGAAAGGGUGCCUUCACAGAUCAGCAUUUUGAUCAAGAUUUAAAUUUUCAUGCUACAGAGGAGGAUCCUGUUACAAAGAAGACGGUGAAGAGGCUAUUGUUGAACAUAAAGCCUAAGGACAUUGGUGCACUAAUUUCAACCUUCCCUGGGGAGGACCCUAAAAUGUUAGCAAGUUUCAAAGAUCUCCUUGAACGAAUAUUUGUUUUGGAUCCAGAAAAGAGGAUGACAGUAUCUCAAGCAUUGAGUCAUCCGUUUAUCACUGCUGUAACUUUGCAACACUGUGGAGAAAACAUGGAAGAGAUGAUUGACUUAGGGACCGCCCUUCAUUGCAGUUCUUAUCAGUUGGAUGUGUUCUGUUUCUUGGUCUAUGCCAGGGCUCUGGAACAACAAACAAUGUUUUAGAUGCUACAGGGCAUAAAAGAAGGCUUUUGGAAUGGAGAUUGCUGGAUGCAUCGUCGUUGCCGUGAAAUUUAGCAUGGUAUUUGAUCAAUUGUACGAGAUUCAGCAGUUGUGCUCUCCACUUCUGGUGGGAAUAGAUACUGUUUAUCUUCUUUGUUGGGAUAAAGGGAAUGUAUGGCCGCAUAUCGGAGGCGGUACCUUUCCAUUUGAAUUCUCCUCUAUAUGGAAAGGAGGGACCCUCAACCAUCGUUUGUUUCUCCUUACACUUUAUAAGUUCGUUCUUCUUUGCUGUCUUUUUUGGGUUUUCAUUGUACUCUAAUUAUUACAUAUUUCAUCACCGAGCUUAAGUUGUUGUACCACUUUAGUCAUCUAUCAACUGAUUCUAUGUCAACUAAUGGAUAUUCUGAAGGAUGAAAAUGUGGCAAGAAUUUAUGCAUGCUUGUUGAAGGUGUGGUAAAAAACAGAUGAAAGUUGAGCAUGCCCAAAAAAUUCAGGCUUGUUAAGUGUAUUUUUAUCCCUAGCUAGUGUUCUUGGGAAUGUAAGUUCAAAAUGAUGUAGCAAUCUGCGUCUUUAGAUCUUUUGUUUUCUUAUCAUUAGCAUUAUUGUUCCUGGAGGAGGUCCGUUGAGGUAACAUUGGACUUCUUAUUUUUAUGGGGUCCUUAUGCAGCACUUUUCGCCAAUAUUAUUAUUCUUUUGUUGUU